AUGACAGUAUUGGAACUAGCGGAAGCACUGUCACAAAGGAAUCGAGAUUUUGAACAAAUUUUGCAAUUGAUGCAAUAUUUACAAAAUCAUAUAAUAAAGACAUCACCAACCAAAAGUCUACGAGAAUUGGUCCUCCGGUCGUUAUACACACAUAUAGAUAGCAAUGAUGAGAGAAUAUUGGUGGCUAUUGCGAGAGCGAUGCUAACGAUGCGAGUGACGGGAGCACAUUUAGCGGCGGCUUGUAAACUUAUAUUCAAAAUUGCAAGGAACGAUAAGAACGAUCAUUUCUUCAAAAAUAGCAAUCUUUUAGAGCUGCUAAUAGAGGGCAGUGGUAGGAUAGAGCCGAUAGCGGAGAGCGAGUGCUGCGUGUACGCGGCGGGCGCGCUGCGCUUCCUGGCGCUGGAGCCGCGGCUGCGCGCGCUCGCGCACCGCGCCGGCGCGCUGCACCUGGCCGCUUUGCACCUGAAGAUAUUCAACAAUGCUAAAGCAGAAAGACCGCGACAAAUGACCGAACAGGCAACGCACGCGUUGUACCAAGUAACAGGCGCACUACGUAACCUCGCAGCGAGAGAUGGAGAGAAAGAAACCGAAGGAGAGUUGGAGAGAGAGGAAGAUAGGGAGGGAAAAGGAGAGAGAGACGGAGAAGAGUGGGAUAGAGAAGGGCGGACAUUCGUUUCUAGUGGUGCUCUAAGUGAAUUAGUCACGGCUCUCACCUUGCAUACUGAUCGUGAUGUGCUCACAAAUGUUGCUAGAUGUCUUAGUGUGCUCUCGUCCCGGCCGUCGUGCUGCGCGUCGCUGUGCGCGUCGGGCGCGGGCGUGCGCGCGCUGCUGGCCGCGCUGGCGGCGUGCGCGCAGCGCGCCGCGCUCGCCGUGCGCCUCGCCUACACGUUGGGGAACAUGGCCGCUGCGGACGAACAGGCGAGGAUUAAUAUAUACAAUGAAGAAGGUGGUGUGGACGUUCUUUUAACGAUACUAGAGUCGUACACGCAAAGGAAUGAGAGUGAAUGUAGAGAUGUUGAGUCUGAUCCGGAUCUACAUUUAGUGGGUUCAGAUCUUGGUGGAUCAGACGGUUCUAAUGAAGACGUCCUCAUUAAGACAGUACGAGUGGUAGCGAACCUCUGCCUGGCGGAGCGGGCGGGGCGCGCGCUGGCGGCGCAGCACGCGGCGCGCGCCGGACAUGCGCUCUUAUCUUGUCUCGCCCUGGCGGAGAAGACACCUGAUGAUAAGUUAAAAACAUUAACGGAAAAGGAACGAAUUGUAUGGUUAGAGCGUCGCGAAGAGUUAGCAACGGCGGUAUUGGCGACGUUAAACAACAUCACUUUUUAUCUGGAACCUUCUGAAGUUUAUCCCGAGGAUAACACGCUUGAAUUGUUAUGUAAGGCAACAUGUAAAUGGAUCCGCAAUAAGAGCAACGCAGCGUGCGAGGCGAUACGCGCGCUCGGCAACCUGUCGCGGUCGCGGCGCGCGGCGCAGCUCAUCGUGUUGGAGGGGGCCUUGGACGAUCUACCGGCUUUUCAACAGCAUGAAGAUCCGAGCGUACGCUGCGCAGCCGCAGGGGUGUUAGUUAAUAUUUGCGCGGCGGGGGGUGUUGGGGGUGCCAGUACGGGGGGUGUUCGUGGUCUGGGGGGUGCGGGUGAAGCCGCGGCACGAGCACUAGUCGCGGCGGCUCGAGCACGCGAUGCUAUCACAGCAGCAUUGCUGGCUCGAGCCCUGUGGAACGCGCAGGCGCAUGGACCGCUGGAGGCGAACCAUGCGAGGAAUGCGGCGGCCGCUCUUGAUAUGUUUUUAGAUGAUGACUCGGUGUUCACAGCAUGUGAAGCAUCGAAGUGCGGCGACAGGAGAGCUAGCGAUCCGCAGAUAUCUAAAAGUCAUGUCAAAUUCCAAGUGGAAAAUAACAACUAUUAUUCAGAAUCGGGUAAACGUUUUAUGGUCGAAGAGCCGAAAUUAGCGGUGAAAGCGUAUAGUGUGGAAGGCGACUUGCAUUUAGAGCAGGAGUAUGAUGAAGAUGGUGAAAGGUAUUCGGGUGAAGACCUAGGGUUUGAAGAAGGUGAGGUAGAAGAGUGUGAGUGCGAGCCGUGCGUGCGGCUGGCGGCGUGGGAGGAGCUGAUGGGGGUGGCGAUACCAUUGCUGGAGAAGCUUCGUCCUCACAGAGCUGACGCCUCUGUGGGCACUGAU